GUCCACCAGCCAAAAGAUAGAUACCAUGGAAACAAAGACUUGCAGAAACUGCUGGCCCUCUGUAUUUGAGAUAGAUAUCUAGGGUUGAGCUGUUCCACCUGGACUUCAGCAGCAGUCAAAGUACAUAUCUAAAGGAUUAUCCCUUAGAUGAACGUGGACUUAUCCACUGUCAGCUUGAACAAGAAAGAUUUCUAGCAUCCACCUGAGUGACAGAUUUAUUUAAGAGUCAGAAUGAAUCCAAAAAUUUCAGUGGGAUAUAUUCUGUUGCUACUCUACCAGUGUGGACUAUGGACAACAGCAGAAAAGGCCUUUGAACUGGCUAAUUCACACCUGCUUCCUACAGGAGGACACAGAAAACUCAUCAAUAUUAAUGCAGAAGGGUUUCCAAGGGACUGCAGUGAGAUUUUUAAACAGUCUGAAGAAAAUGCCAAAGACGGUCUUUAUGUCAUUCAGCCAGCGAAGGAGCCCAUUGGUGUAUACUGUAAUAUGCAAGAUGGUGGCUGGACAGGAAUUCAGCAUAUUACAGCCAACAGCACUGUAGAUUUUGAUAGGACAUGGCAGGACUACAAAUAUGGAUUUGGCUCACUUGAUGGUAACUACUGGUUAGGGAAUGAAUAUAUGCAUCAGUUAACCAGCUCUCCAACACCAUAUACACUUAGGAUUAAACUUGUAGACCUAAAUGCUCAAAUCAAGUGGGGAGAAUAUGAACCAUUCCACAUAGAAAGUGAAGCAUCUCAAUACAGGAUCAGGCUUGGUCUGUAUAGAGGUAGUGCUGUUGAUGCCCUGUGUCAGGAUACUGAAGCAUAUCUCCAUGAUAACCAGAAGUUCACCACAAAAGACAGAGAUAAUGACAACUAUUUUCAAAACUGUGCCAAGCUAGAGUACAAUGGUAUAGCUGGUGGUGGCUGGUGGUAUGAUGCUUGUGCUGGAGCAAAUUUAAAUCGCAGGAAUGUGAUAUACUGGCAACAGGACUGCAACAAAACACAUAUGUGUAAGUAUGCUUGGAUGAUGGUCAAACCUGUUGACCAAUCUGUUGACCACCACCAAGACUGCUCCAAGGUUUGUCCAUCUCAGAAAGAUGAACUGUAAACAACACCAUGAAAUUAAACUGAGAGUGAGAUGUGCUUGUUCU